AGAUUCGGGGACCACAUGUCCCACAAUGCCGUGGAGAAACUACGUUUCCCGACAGGCAAAGGGGAGGCCGUGCCUACCGAUAGGCUACGGCUCCCGGCGUGCCCCGCGACCCAAGGCCAGAAAGGCCCGGAUCCGGAACCGGAUGUGGCUUGCUGCUUUGAAGCCCCCGAAAUGGCCACGGGGACGGACCAGGUGGUGGGACUCGGCCUCGUCUCCAUUAGCUUGAUCAUCUUUACCUACUACACCGUCUGGGUGAUUCUCUUGCCCUUCAUUGACAGCCAGCAUGUCAUCCAUAAGUAUUUCCUGCCUCGAGCCUAUGCUGUAGCCAUUCCACUGGCCGCUGGCCUCCUGGUGCUCCUGUUUGUGGGAUUAUUCAUCACCUACGUGAUGCUGAGGAACCAGAAGGUGACCAAAAAGGUUCAGUGAAGGCCUGGCAGGAAUGAGACUGCCAACCCCUCCUCUGCCUCCCUCUGGGACAGGGCCUGGGGGGCCCUCAGGACCCAUCCAGGCAUUGCGGCCCCCUCAAGCUUGGCUGCCCUGCAGACACCCUCGAGGGAUGGAACUGUUUAGGACUCACUCCCCACUGACCAGACCCCCUCCUCCCCCCAUGCCCAGCCUUCCAGCCACCAAGGGAGAAAUACCUGGAGGUCUCCCUCUCACCCCCUCCUGGCUCAGGGCCUGAAAGAUCCUGGUUCUUCCCACCUCACCUCCAGACUCUUACCACUUUUUCCUCUGGGUUCUGCCCUCUUGCCUCAGUUUCCCUCCUGUCGCAUGUGCUGAUGUUGGACUUGGCGGGUUCUGAGGCAUCACAUGACCUCUCCUCACAUGUCCUGCCCCUCCACAAAGGUCGCUUCCCAGGUCUCACAUGGCCCCAGGCCCCACAAGGACUUCUGGACCUGGGAGGCCUAUGGGGAGCAGUGACAGGCCCUGGGACUAAUGCUAAGCUUCAGGGCACAUGAGGGCGGCCAUGCCUGAAGCUGUGCCUCUGGGAAGCUAGAGGGGCUGGGAACUGGCCUCUGCAUUGGUCUCAGGUGCCUCCUGUACCUCCUGGAUCAUCCCUGUGCCGGCCAAGGAAUAAAGCAGGGGCAGGGGCAGGGACAGAGGUGGUUCUGGCCUGGGGCGGCUUAUGGCUGGGGAGUCAGUGGUAUGGCAGUGUGCCAGACACCACAUUGGUCACCACCCUUCCCUGUGCCAGCCCAACUUGCAGGCACUAGUAUUUUAGGGACCCUCUGUUCAGUUCCUUAAAAGCCCAAGCCCAUUGUCCCUCUCUUGUACCCAGCAGCCCAGCUUAGCAUGACCUUAAGCAGUGAGGGCUCCUGCUGAGCCAGAGCCCAGCUGCCCUCCCCAACCCCCUGUGCUCAGGCUAACUAAUCUGACACAGGCCCCAGCUCUGGCCCCCCAGCAGCCCCACCACGGCUCUCAGCAGCUGGCUCUCCCAUUCACGGUGCCUGGCAUGAGCCUCCUUCCAGUUAACAGGUGUCUCUCUCCCUCGGAGCAGAAGCCAACAGUAGGCACAGCUGCCCUGCCCUCACCUGUCCCACCCUCUCCCUGCCCUCCAGUCCAGGCAGAGCUGUCCCCUGGGCUUCGGGUUCUGUCCUUUUGCCCUGCUGUAUAGCAGGGACCUCCUAUGUCUGCUCAGCCCCCUCUCCGGAGAACAGCCUCUGCCUCCCACCGGGGCCCUCCCAGAAUUUCAUGAAUGUGCCCCAGAUUCCGCACUUCACAGCUGUAAGGGCGCCCAGUGCUGCUGCCGCAUUUCCUCCCCGUUGCGCUUCGCAGCAGUCCAGGAGGGCUGCACCUGCCCAGGCCACCAGUGACUUCGGGUCUUUAAAGCAUGUUCCCUUGACCUCUCCCCCACACUGGCAUGGGUCAUCCCCCCUGGAUGCACCCUCAGGGUCUGUGAUGACCUCUUCUUGUCCUUUGUGUCUCGCUCCUGCGCCUCUGUUCUGUCAUGAGAAGGUGGGCUCCUCAGGACUCCACAGGCUUCACCCCACCUGGCGAGGUGACCUCUCCCUGAGUGACCUCAUCCUUACCUGGGUUUGCCUCCCCCCAGCUCUCUCGAUCCCGGAUAUAUUACACAUGCAUUAGCUGUCCACCUGACAGCCCCAUCAGAUGUAAUGUGGCACCUCAAAUUCCUGUCAUCUGAAUUGUCAACCUGCCCCCCCAACCUGGCCAAAUCUGGCUCUUCCCGCAUGCCCUGCCCCCUGUCAUGACUGCAUCAUCCUGUGCCCCUGACCCCUGCCAGAAGCCUGGCCGACAUCAUUGAACUUGGCUGUCUCCCACUCCUCUUCCAUGCCACUCCAAAGCCUGUGAAUUCUCCCUUUUUUCUCCCCUCCCCUCACUAUGAGUCACUUUGCUGAUGCCAAGCUGCCAUCCUCCGUCCUAAAUCAGAAGGCUUUCCCCCUGCCCACUCUGGCCCCUUCCAACUUCCAAUCUGACUAUGCAAGACAAUCAGUGGCCUUUUAAAAACACCUGAGCGUCUUUCUCACACACACUUGUAAGGCUUCUGUUCCCACCCUCUCCCUACCAUGGCCUGUACGAACCUGCAUGCCAGCUUGCUGUCUCCUCGCUAUGCUGGCCCUUCAUUCCUGGGACUCACCAGGGCCCCUUACACAUCCUACUCACAUUGGUUCUACGUGUUACUUGUGAAACAACCGUUUGUGUCAGGCAUUGAACCAAGAAAUGAGCCUGGCAUUUCCUGCCCUCUUGGCAUUCCCGUUCUAUCGGGAGAUGGAAUAAAUGAACAAGACAACCUC